AUGGAGUCGUCUCCGCUGACCAAGGCCCACGACCAUGCGCGCGCGGCAGCGAUCGCGACGCAGACGUCGGACACGGCCGUGGCCAUCACCGAGCACGCCCAGGCCGCAGGCGAGUUCGCCAACGCAUCCCGCACCACCACCAGCAUCGAGGCCCUGCGCACCUUGAGCCUGCUGGAGCAGCACCACAGACGCCUGUCCGAGCUGUUGAAGCUGCCCGUCGGCCCGCCCAGCCACACCAGCAUCGACGGCGACAUCCCCGAGGAGGAGGAGGAGAAGGAGGGGCAAGGCCACGGCGCUGAUCCCGAUCCCGCGCCGCCGCCCACAAAGGAGCCGUCCGUUGCGAGGCAGACCGUCGCCCCGGCAAAGGCCCCGCCGAGCAUCUCGCACACCCGGUAUCCCGGGCGCAACCUCUCGUCCAUCGCGAGCAACCUGGCCUCUGCGCGAGGCAUUCGCGCACACUACAGCUCGCAGCCGCUGAGCCCCAGCGUGACCAACGACCAGGCCCCGGGGAGUGUCGAGGUGCACCCCCGCAGGGAGCGCAAGGAGGGCUCUUCGGCUUCUACCAAGAGCAAAGCCCCUGACCAGCGCGAGAAAGCGCGGAAGCCAACGAAGACGCCCCCAGUGGUCCAGGAGGACACGGCCAGUGAACCGCCCGCAAGUGAGCCCACAAGCCAGCCGUCGACGGACGAGGGCUUUUCGAGAUUCUACAGCGCUUUUGGCUCGCUUUUCAACCGCAUCCCCCUGCCUCUUGUAUUUUCUGGUUUCCCCCUAUCACCGGACGAGCCUUCGUCCCCGCCGGCCCCGUCCGCUCCAGAGUCCACCCCUAGGAAAUCCCGGCAGAAACACUCUGUUUCGGCCGCCGAGCCAGAUCUCUCCAAGAUCUACUCCCGCGCGACGCUGCGUUCACUUGAGCCUGACCUCCAGGGGCCCAACGACUCGUUCUACGUUGUUCCCACGAGCGGCCACACCGCCUCGUACGCCAGCAUCCUGAGCCACGAGCGCAAAGAGAAGCGCCGCCUAGCCGCCUCCAUCCAUCGCAGCCAGGACGACAAGAACACCAACACCGGCAAGGACAACCUUAUCGACGACGACAACGAAGACGACGACGACUUUGUCGACGCGCGCGAGUCGCAGCAGGCCCCCGGCCCCAGCCUGUCACCCAACGGCCGGCCGUCCGAGCGGGAGCUGCGCAACGUCGUCGAGGAGCUGCAGAUCGAGAACGCCAGCCUCAAGGACGUGCUCGACAAGCUCAGCCGGCGCCUGCACGCCUUCGAGCUCAACUCGCAGAGCUCGCACCUGGCGCUCGCCCAGAGCCUGCGUCUGCAGCGGCCCGCCUCGCCGCUGUCGUCUUCGUCCGCGCCGGCCGCGGGCCUGGACGGUCAGGCCCCGCCGGCGCCGGUCGGAGAGGAGGCGCUGAGGCGGCGCAAUCGGGAGCUGGAGGAGCAGCUCGGCGAGAUGGUCAAGCGCAUGGCCAGCUUGGAGAAGGAUCACCUCAAGCUGCAGCUCACCCUGGAGAAGUACAGGGCGCGCUGGGAGAAGCUGAAGGCCGGCGCCAAGGCGAGGAUCGAGGCCCAGGGCCUGGGGAAUGACAGCGGUGCGAGGAGGUGA